AUGGGGCAUAACACACAAGAGUUUGACAACCCAAACCCUUCUCUGUACAUUGUUCAAGGCGAACGCAGCCAGACUGAAUUCGCCGUCCCAGACACAUGUGGUCUAGAGAGACGGCUUAUGCAUGCUCCAAGCGAGUUCACCGAUGGCUCUGGCCCGGGCCCCGACCCCGGCAUGGCCCCGAGUGGGGCCGUGAUUAUUUCCGGAGCGGCGUGUUUUGUCCAUAGAAUUAGCCACGGACCAAUUCUUCCCCUUCCCCCGUCUCCAAAAACACCAGAAACCCCCCGACCCCAAAUCCACAAUCCUGUUGCCUCAGGUCUAAGAAUGGCCCCCGAAACGAGGGAACGAGCCUCACGCCGUGUAGUCAUCAAGCCCACCCCCCUUUGUUGCGCCGCAAGGACCGUUUCGCAGAGGCCAGCGCAUCCAAACCGCCAAGAAGAUAGAUUGCUUCAAAACCUUGUGGAUCAGCAAUACAUCCCACCCCAAGGAAAAGGUCCCCCCCACGCCCUGGCUUUCUCGAGUCUCAGUGUCUGGGGACCCCCAAUUGCCAUUGUCGCUCGAACAAUAAGUCAGCUUGGCGUGAAACCUCACGAAUCGGCUGCUGUCCCGGGGGGGCCUUCCCGUGGUUAUAGCGCCUUUUUGCCUGGUCAUCGCGCUUCAUCUUGGGUUCUCUGGUCGGCUAUUACCGUACGGACGGACUAUCACUUGGGACGACAAGCGGCCGGCAUUGCACAUCUUUCGUCCCGUCCAAUCUUGGCGCGUGUCGGAGGGCCAGGCCCGGCCCGCCCGCCGCUCGAGUUUGCCUGCCACACUGGUCUUGCCACCGCGGUUGGUCAGGUGCACUGCGAAGACCCCCCAUUCUCGAGUUGCAAACUGGGCACCUUCAUAGGUACAGUCGUCAAGUCCCAGAUAAGAUGCCACAUACCAACGAGUACCAGCAUAUGUUUGGACAAGCAGGCAGGCAGGCAGACAGGCAGACACACAACUCGUCUCAUCAUCAGCUUCUCGCUCAUCUCUUUCUCGCCUGUGGUGGCCUCGGGUGCUAACCCUCUCAACUCGACUCAGUCGCGCGGGUUGGUUGAAGGGCUCGGCAGGCCUGCCAAGGGCGGUCACAUGCCAGAUGCAAAGCCCCGUCGAUCUUCCUUCUCGUCCCACCUAAACCUCUUCGCUUUCUUCAUUUACCUGACAACGGUGACAGAUUGGGCGCGCAUCCCAAACGAUCUAGCCAAAAUUGCCAGACUAGACAGGAAGCAAGAUUCGUCUCCGAAACUCUCUCAAUUGUCUUCUGGCACUCUUCAGCAGCAGGACCCUCCCCUCGGGAAUUUCGCGAACCAAGUCCGAGUCUCUUGCGCGACUGCGAUUAAACUCCAGGUGCAAGCAACCUCCCCCUUCUCCCGAUUUGCACGUCAUAAUUACCACCUACAACAACAACACCACCUUUAUGGCACAUUCCUCGGCAUAGACCAGGAAAUCAACGCACCCAGAUGUCUGUCUCUCUCUCUCUCCCCCGCCUCCCAGGAAAUCGACCCUCGGUGCCCCCCUCCCCCUCCAUUCCACCCGCGCACUCUCGUCGUGGCAACGAGUCCAAGUAAUCAAACAGGGCAGAGACUCGAUAGCAACAACGUUUGCGUGCGUGGAAUGACCAGCGAACGAACGAAAAACGCAAACGUUGCGCAAAUCAAGGCAAAAACCGUGCCGGCUUACUCCAAUCGAAACCAUCACCCCCACACCCUUCGAGAGGUCUCGCAAAUCAAAGUGUGUGCCGAUGAGCUGUCUCUCCCCCAGACUUUCUGUCUUUGCACAAUCAGCAAUCAUUUCCCCAAUCCGCCAGCCCGGAUUAACAAAACACGACGCGUUCUACUGCAUCCCACUUAUCCCACCUUGAAGCUUGGUCUUUGCUCCCUUUCCCUCCCCUCUCUGUCGUGCAUUCCCAUUCCUUCUCUCUCUCUUCUCUGUCUGGAACUUGCAACAACUUUCAGGGAGCAGGGGAAGUCUCGGCGAGUUGGUGUCCCCCCCGACUUUGACAGCUCCGAGCCUCCUGGCCCUCUCUUCCCACCCCAUGUCGCUCUCGCUCCUCAAAGCCCGUCCUCCUUCCCUUCCCUUGAUCCGCGUAGCCCGGCAAUGUGUAAUGUACCUACUCGUAGGCUUCCCGAGAAUGCGGCACGGCCAAAGACAGACUGA